CUUGACGCGCUCGACACGCAAAUACUUCCCGGAAGACCGCCGCCGUGAACCCUUUGUUCAUCUCUCUGAUGAAAGCGCACAGGAUUUCUAUCACCUAGGACGGAAAACGUACGUGUAUCUGUGUCUAAAAAUAGUGUAAAAGGUAGAGAAACGGUAAAGCGUGCCUCAUGCGGCCGAGGAAGGAUACAACCGAAGUGAAUGAAAAAUACAUUAGUGAAAAAUAAAAUCAUUGCAGAAAAAAAAAACAGAGGAGAGAAAAAAAAUCAAGCCACAGGAAACCGGAGGGAAUUUGCCUCGAACCAACAAGGCAAAUUUCGCCUAACGCCUAUUUGAAGCCUCGCAAUACCCAUCCCAUUCGGCCGCAGCAUCGUCCCUGGCAUAGCUUGCGAGAGGUUCCCAAUCUCGGGAGGAUUUCACACGAAAAUUUAGUAUAAUCUGAGGAUCACAAUCCUGCAUGGAAGGCAUUCCGGGGUGAUGCCCAUGCCUUAGAGAAACUCGUUAGAGGGGAAGAGCCACAUUCCCUACUAGUCUCUAAGCUCGCAUAAAUCAAUCGAGGGGGCUGAAACAACAUUAGAGCCAUGAGCUCCGGGCAACCAACCAAUCUGCCGUAAUCUCGGAAGCCAGUGUCACGUUUUGGAGUGUAUUGAGAAGCAACAAUGUUCAGGUGCCGGUCUGGGGAGCUCAGUGAAACAAUUUUCUAACCCGCACGAACGGAGCAUGGCUCCACGGAGAUGACAAUUACGGCAUGACUAUUUUCCCUCCUGGGUUAUUUAUUUGCGCCAAGGUCGAUAUACGUGCUCUAUCGUCGUUCCGAGUGUCACAGAAGAAGCGUAAUGUGAGAAGCUUUCAUUGUUAAAUUUAGUGAGGAGUGUUGCUCUGAAGGAAGAAAUUGUGUCUGGAAAUGGUUUUGUGAACGUAUGAGGUAAAGAAGAAAGAAAUCAUUAUUAAGAGGAAUAAGGUGAAUUAUUUGGUCUACCACCUACGUACAGUUACCGGUUACGUUAAUGGAAACGUUAUAUGCGAUGAAGGUAGCAGAUGGCGAAAUCUUACCUGCGCUCACCAUCAACGGGUGAUAACCUGCAGCGGCAUAUGAACGAGUGCUGGGUUUCCCAAUUAAUUUUCGUCAAACGAAAUUCAGCGACCUGUUGGUGCCACUAGGAGUGCGAUAUUCAGUGAUGCACAUGGUUUACGAGUGCCAUGAAAUGCAAGGGGAUGUACGUGCAAAUUGUGUCAUCCAAUAAAAUCACUUAGCUUGUGAAAUGAGAGUGAAACGACCAACCAAUAUUGGCAGAAAUUAAAUUCAAUAAAACCAGCAAUGUCAGUGCAUCAGUUUGGCAUUUAACGAAUCCUGUUAAAGUUUGAUUACGGUGACGGUGCUGUUUGGUGAUACGCGAAAAUAGCUUACAGCAGAUAGUGGUUGGAUUAUUUAUUGGAGUGCUAGGACGAGACUAGAUCUCUAGAAGGUUAUAAAUGCUCAGCCCAAAAAUGCAGCGUUCCGUUCGUGUCAACGAGCAUCAGCUGAUUAUGCUGUCCGAUCGGGCACAGUAUGAUCACUCAAUGCAUGGCCACCUUCACAAACGAACAGCGGAUAAUAAUAAAUGGCAAAUGCGGUGGUUCGUUCUGUACCAGAACCUGCUAUUCUACUACGAAUCGGAGCAAUCAAGCCGUCCCUCGGGAUUAAUUUUUCUGGAAGGAUGCUACUGUGAAAGACUUGUUUCAGCCCCCUCGUCCCUGUCCGGUCCGCCCAUGGGUAGUGGUGGCGGACAGGGUUCCAAAGUCGUUAAGGAGGAAAAGUUGCAGCACUGCUUCACCAUUUGCUACCGACGAGAAAAUCAGCGGCAAUAUGAGCUGCGUGCCUCCACGGAAUCCGAAUGCUCAGCCUGGAUAAUUGCCAUCAGAGAAGCAAGCUUCAACAAACUGUUAUUGCAAAAGGAAGAGCUCGAACAAAAGCACGUUCACCUGCUUCAGGUUGUUGAAAGCGAGAAAACAGCUAAAUGGCAGUACACUCAGCAAUGUGAAGAGCUUGCGUCCGAAAUACGGAAGCUUAGAGCCGAGAUAUGUGUGCUUCGCAAGGAGACCCGUUCCAGCUAUUCGGCCACUCCGGUCGGUCGAGGCAGCUUUAGCAUUCCGACGGAAAGCCACGAUGAGCACUCAUCGCUUCCGGGCCUUUGCGCGUCGGUGCACGACUCCAUCGAGCUAAGGAAAAUUAAGAAGGUUCAGAGUUUUUUUCGCGGUUGGCUGUGCCGGCGUCGCUGGAAGCAAAUUGUCGAAGAGUACAUACGGUCACCCCACGCUGAAAGCAUGCGGAAGCGUAACCACUUGGUGUUCAGCAUGGUUGAAGCGGAGGAGGAAUACCUGGAGCAGCUUGAGGUUCUCGUCGCAUGCUUCCUACGUCCGUUUAAAAUGGCCGCCAGCUCGAAACGUCCCCCAUGUUCACACGAGGACGUCAACUCUAUCUUCCUCAACUCCGAAACGGUUUUGUUCCUACAUCAGAUCUUCCUAAAAGGCCUCACGUCGCGACUGGAAUCGUGGCCUACGUUGGUUCUUGGUGAUUUGUUCGAUAUGCUGCUGCCCAUGCUGAGCAUCUACCAGGAGUACGUUCGAAACCAUCAUUACAGCCUACAGGUGCUCACCGAGUGCAAGAGCAACCCAAACUUUGCCACCGUUCUGAAGCGGCUGGAAGCGAAACCCACCUGUCAGGGGCGCAGUCUGGAAACUUUUCUCACAUAUCCGAUGCACCAGAUACCUCGCUACAUAAUCACACUGCACGAGCUGUUGGCCCACACGCCGCACGACCACGUGGAACGCAAGAGCUUGCAGAACGCGCGCCAGCAGCUGGAGGACCUUUCGCGCCAAAUGCACGACGAAGUUUCGGAAACGGAAAACCUACGAAAGAAUCUGGCCGUAGAGCGCAUGAUCGUCGAGGGGUGCGACAUACUGCUAGACGUCAAUCAGGUGUUUGUGCGACAGGGAAGUCUGGUGCAAGUUCCACCCGGGAGGGGCCGGAUUCGAAGUCGUCUGGCUUCGUUCAAAAGCGAACGUGACGCUGUACGGCAGUGCUUUCUGUUUUCGAAUCAUAUGAUUAUAGCAACGAGAACAUCCGGAGGCCGACUGCACUUACUACCGGAUGUGGGGAAAAUUCCGCUGGCGGAUACCACCCUCAUCGAAGAUCCUAGCGAAGUGCAACAUGAAGACGAGGAUGCGUCCGUUUGUUCGGCCUCCACUAGGGGGAGCACUUUAAGUGUAACCGAAUCGGUCAAUGCCGGAAAUCGGGACUUCAAGAUAUUCGUGGAAACCAAAUCCGGAGCACGACACAGCAUUCAUCUAAUAGCGCCAACCAUUCAGGACAAGGAGGCCUGGAUCAGUGAUAUUUCACAAUGUUUGGACAAUAUCCACAUGCACUCGUUGCUUUCGCCUGGGAUCGGCGGCUCGUCCGGAGGAUCCAUUUUUGCAGGACAUCAAGCGCUCCGAGCUGAUCCGAGAUUAUUCAAGGACGACGUUGACAUUCGAUUCUCUCGAACGCUCAACUCGUGCAAAUUACCUCAGGUUCGUUAUGCGACCCCGGAACGACUUCUGCAACGGUUGACUGAUCUACGGUUCCUAUCGAUCGACUUUUUGAACACGUUCCUGCUCACCUAUCGUGUGUUCACCGACGGAGAAACGGUUCUGAAUGCGUUGAAGAGUGUGUUUUAUGAUCCACCAAUAGAGCCGACAUGUGAUUGUGAUCAUCAGACCGAUUUUCUGGAGCUUCCCUACCAGGAUGGACGGGCAUCACCACGGAGAACAUCCGGUGCUAGUUCUGUUUCCGGAUACUGCUCCGAAGGUGCUGACCGGGAUCGUUCGAUGAGCGGUGAUUCAGCCGGGCUGCGCUUUCGAGGGUCACGCCGCGGUUAUACGAGUCACCAAGGCUCCGAACAGGAAACUCUUUCAUGGAUACCGGAACAGGUGGGCCCCGUCAUAGUUCAUGGAGCCCACCAUCACGAUGCUCCAGAGGAAAAACCAGCUCCGCCUAAGGUAGAUUCUGGGCACAUGCAAAGUAAAUCACAACACCAAAUCCACCCUCAGCCGCAAGACGAUUCGUAUCUUGCGAUACCGAAAACUAUGGCUGGCUCAAGUAGCUCCGACACUAUAACUGAAGCUGCAAUGAGUGGGCCUUCGUCACCGUCCAACCUGAGUAGUGUCACCUUGGUGGGAUCAACGGGGUCGGGAGGUCAGGACAAAUCAGAAGCUCAAACACCCACGGAGGGCACGUUUAAAUAUGGCAAAGCACCGACCGGGCCACUGCCAGAACGUGUUUAUCCAAAACAACGGAAAGACAUCCCACCAACAAUUUGUACAACGGACACUUCCGACACGAUACAGCAACAUCAACAGCUUCCGCCACAACAAUAUCAACAACAACAACAACAACAGCAGCAGCAGAUUAAAAUACCUCAAACGCCACCAACAGUAACAACAACGCCGUGUCAUAGUCCUUCCACUGUCCAGCAGCAUCAGCCGCAGUCACUGCUAAUCACUAAAGACCACCCAACGACAGUGUGCCAAAACGGACACGAAGGACUGAAACUAAUAACUCAACCUUAUCUGAGCACAACAACCACAACAACGGUCACGAUAACGACUACAACUACCACAACGCCUGCCAAAAGUAUCUCACCACCUCAUCUUCUUCCGAUGGACCGAAGACCGAGCGUUGGGCACAACAUUGCCAUACCGCACGCUGCCCUCUGUCAGCAUCGCCACAGUUUACAGCUGAACGGGGACGGUAGUUUCUUCGGGAAGGGCAGCGAAAAGCUACAGCCACAAAUCAGCAGCCCCCGCUUGACCACCCGGAAGUUCUCCGCUCCGAAAACGCCGGAACGCCAGCGAAAGAGCCUUUUCGGAACGCCACAACGGGAGCGCGACUCGUCGAGUACGCGUCGGUUUUCCGAAAGCGACGACGACAUGGCCACCUCCAUCUUCACGACGCCCCGCGGCUCGGUGGGUGGCGUCUCGCUCAACACCCUCUCGUCCCGGGCGUCCAUGCAGCACGACCACGUUCCGCACUGUUCCAGCAAAGUGGGAGUCGUAAUCACUUCCUAUCGGCAGUCGCAGCGCAGUAUGGGUCCUGACCCUUUAUGGAGUAGCACCUCAACGGCAGCAGCGGCUUUCGCAAUCGCUACCUCAGCUUCCAGCAACCCUAGGGACGAGCCCCCCGAAGUGGAAGCUAGGAACCGGAAAGAAUCUGUUGUCAGUUCACCUGCCACGAUGCGCGUGCUGAACGUCCUCCGACAUUGGGUUUCCAAGCACUUCCAGGACUUUGAGCAGGAUGCAACUCUACGCUCGCAGACGAUUGCCUUCCUGGACGACAUUACGUGCAGUCCGAACUUAUUGCCGACCGAGCAUCGAGCUGCAUCCCAACUGCUGCGACUACUGUGCCGCGAUGACAUCGACAGCGGGAAGCACCAUCUGGAAACGCUAUUAAUGCCACCGCAGACUCCGAGCAAGGAAAGCAUAGAGACUCUAUCGGCGCUGGAAAUAGCGGAACAAAUGACAUACCUGGAUCAUCAAAUAUUUUUGGCCAUCCGAAGCGAGGAAUUUCUCGGUCAAGCGUGGAUGAAAUCUGACAAGAAGUCACGUGCAGAACAUAUCAUACUUAUGACAAAACGAUUCAACGACGGUUCCCGACUGGUUUGCUCCGAGAUAGUGUCGAGGAGCAACAUGGCGGCGCGGGUAGCUGCCAUCGAGAAGUGGACCGCCGUAGCAGAUAUUUGUCGUUGUUUGCAUAACUUCAACGGAGUGCUGCAAAUCUGUGCUGCCUUCACCAAUGCGGCUGUGUAUCGACUGAAGAAAACCUGGGAUAAAGUACCGAGAACAAUCAAAUCGACAAUCACAAAACUGCAGGCUGUGGUGUGCUCUGAUGGGCGGUUUCGCGUGAUGCGGGAGGCACUGCAUCGUUGUGAUCCACCCUGCAUUCCGUACCUGGGCAUGUAUCUAACGGACCUCUCCUUCAUCGAGGAGGGCACCCCGGACUUUACACCGGACCGUUUGCUGAAUUUUUCCAAAAUGCGAAUGAUCGCACAUGUGAUACGGGAGAUUCGCCAUUUCCAACAGACGCCGUACAAAAUCGAUCACAUACCGAAAGUUACAUCCUACCUCCUGGAUACAUCGUUGCUGCUGGACGACGACGAACUGUACCAGAAGUCGCUGCAGAUCGAACCGCGCAGUUCGCGUCUCAGUGCACCCAAUACUGCGAAUGUUUAAAUUUUACUAUUUUCGGCGCACUACUGUAGUGAAUGGGGAGCGGGGCCGGUAGUACUACUGCGAAUCCAUAGAUAUUUGGACAUUGAAUCUAUCCGAAGGGAAGAAAAAUGGACGAUGUUGGAUGAAGUAUUUGUUUUGGAAUGAACUGAAUGUGGAUGACAAGUGGUAAGGCUAUUGUGAUAAAUGAUUGAAGUGAAUACAAAUUCUAAACCAGUGACAUUGAAGAUAAAAUAUGUGUGACAUCAGAAAUUUCACAUCAAACGAAAGGAAUGUUCGCCGUUGGCUUUCUAUAAGGCGAUCCAGAGUCCACAAAAUUUCCAAGUAUUCUAAUAAAAUGUUAUAUUCUCAAUCACUUUCCGAUCAACAUUCCAAACUUAAUUCCAAGAUUUUUACCAUUUGCUAAACUUACAUAACGUCCAGAAAAUAUUUGCUCUUCCCUUCUCUAAACUUCUUAGAAAAGCAAAGUUUGAAAAGAUAAAAAUCAUAUUUAUUAGUCUUUUUGCGCUGGUCUGCUCGUAACAGCUGAGUAAAUAUAUAUUCCAAGUAGCGUAAACUUUGUAGGAAUAGAUCGAACAUAAAUUAGCAACGUUAUGCUGGCCAUAACUUAACACUGAACUUAAGAAUAUUUGCACUAGGAAUAAAUAAUAAAACGUAGACGAGUGAUCGAUAUCGAUGGUAGCCCAGAAGCAUACAAUGAUAGAGCAUCCUACCGUUUGUCUGGUUUUCACCUUUUGGGAUACGAAUGGAGCAGUGAGAAAUCAAAAACAAUUUCUACAUAUCUUGCAAAUGACUCAAUUUAUCAACCAAAUCAAGAAUCGAAACUCAAUGUUAACCUCUUUGUUAGUUUUUGCCCGAAGACGGCCAAUCGGACGAUAGAAAUCAAUUUUCCGAUAAAUUUACUGACAUUCCUCAGAUCUUCUUAUGAGCACAAUAAUAAUAAUAAAAUCAAACAUGGCACGAAAGACUGCCACUUGCAGGAGCAUUGAGCAGCCACAGUAAAACUAGAGUUAGAUGUAGAAAGAGCAAGAGAAAACUGUUUUCCAUAUCUAAGUCAUUUGAUCGGCACUAUGCGGUAGAAAAUUAAGAGAGACGAGUUCAAUAAAUCAGAUUGAUAUUAUUCGAUUGUAGGAAACAAGAAAUGUGGCCAAUCCAUUGAAGUGCUAACUCAUUAGGCCUGGCAUUAUCGUUGGAUAUCCAAUUGGCACGAGGCGUGUUCUGUGGCUGUUGGCUACUACCAAGUGAACAGAAUUAGUUACGAUAGAAUUUGGAUUUCCAGGAGCUUAGCCGAAAGUUGAAUGCUGAAACAAAUUGUGAUGUGACCUUUUACCUAUUCAACAUAGCGUUUCUAUUAAAAACAAGAUUAACAACUUACAAAAAUCAAAACCCAAAUGAUCUUAUUCAUCAAGUGUAUGAAAUCUGCUGGACUGAUUGAAAACAAUCCUUAGUAUAAGCACCGUGAGGGUCCCUUUUACCUGUUAAUUGUCUGUUGAAAUGUUAAUAUGGAAACAUUUGUAGUUUAGGCACGAUGUGCAACCACAUAUUUUAUGGAUAGUUGAUGAUGUCUGAAGUCCCAACCGACGAGAGUAAACCAAGUGACACAAUCAUUGGGGAUUUAUAAAUCGAGCGACCAUGGAGAGAGAAGCAAAAUGAAUCGGAAACUGAAGCAAAAGUUUUACCCGAAAGUUGUGAAUAUUUAAAUUUAAAUCAAACAAAUAAUUCUCAAACGCGUCAAUGCCAACAAUACCAAAAAUAACAAAUAUCGCUGAGCUGCGCACUCUUCAAAGAUAACAAUCAUUUUUACAAUAAUUCAAACUUAGUUCUUGAAAUCCAAUUUUACAAUUUUACUGAAGAAUAUGAUGGCAAUCAAUUCGCCAUGAUGUAGUUACAAAAACAUACCUAAGAUCAAAUUUGAACCAUUUGAAAUCCAAAUAAACCAUAAUCGAGAAGUAAAUCCUGUCAUGCUCAAUCCUGCAUUCUACGGAAUGAAGUAAUGCCAAAGAUAACAAACACAAAUUGUUCAACAAAACGAAACACAAUAAUGGUAUAUUUAUCUCCCCUGGAAUAUAACUUUUCACUUGAAUAACACUGAA